AUGAGGAAACAUCCCAGGCACAAUGGCUGCGAUGUGAUUAUGGUUAUCUGUAACCUGGAGAACCAAAUCCUCAGGCUGAGGGAAGAGCUCAUUCAGGCAAACUCUCUGAGGAACCAGCAGCUGCUGGACCUGAGCCGUCAGAGGGACGAGGAGAAGCUGAAGGCAGCUCGAGAAAAGGAGGCCACAGUGAACAAGAUGAAGAUGGAGACGGAAAAAAUGAUCUUAGACCUGAAGAAGAGACACGCAGCUGAGACAGAGAAGGUCUUGGACAAGGCCAGCAGCAGACUGAAGCAGACUGAGAAGGAGUACAGUCAGAGACUGGCUAAAUCCUCGCAGGUCAUAGCUGAACUUAAGACAACCAUUUCCUCCCUGACAGAGGAGAACAGCCGGCAGCAGCUUGUGGCGGAGCAGCGGCUCCAGGAAGUUAUACAGAAGUUGGAAGAUGAGAAGCAGCAGCUGAUGACAGAUAAUGACAGAGCAAUCAAGGCCUUGCAGGACGAGCUGGAGAGUUACCGCAGUCAGGUGUACGCGGCCGAGAGGAACCUGCAGCGCCACGAGCUGAAGGCCCAGGAGCAGUUGAUCAAUGUACGAGAAGAAUAUGAAAAAAUCCUUAAAGGGCUGAUGCCAGCAGCCUCAAAAAAGGAACUUGAAGACACCAUUUUAUCUUUAAAAUCUCAGGUGUCUGCUGAAACGGUGGAAUCUCUUUGAUUGCCAAAUGGACUGCUUUGAAUAGGUUUGAAGAUUUGGCUCUUGUAAAUUAAAAUGCAAAGAUUACUGGCUCUUUUGUUAGCACAGAAAUUUUCAUGAAGUUCAUGAAAACAUAUUCAUUGCUUGUGCCAGCAUGGUUUUUGUUGUAUCUUCCUUCCAUUAUUUUUCUAUCAUUAUUUUAUUACAGACUUAUGCUUUUGAUAUAAUUUGACUCCAUGCUGAGCUCACUUACUGAGCAAGUAGACUUUGCUCUACUAAUAUUUUUGUUAUUACUUCCCAAUACCAUUCUUUUCACUCCUAAACAUGAAGAAAAUCCCAUUUUCUAUUAUUACCGUCCAAGAUAUUUUAACAUAUUUUGACAUUGUUCUGUGUCCACGUGUUUACAUAAGAUUAAAAUAUUAUUAUUUUGUUA